AUGGCCAAGACAACCUUCACCCUUGCGGGUCGCGAGUGGCCCAAGAUCACUUGGUGGAGGACACCGUAUAUGCGGUCUCUCUACCUUUUCCUGUGGGCUGCCAUGCUGACUUCGGCUACUAAUGGAUACGAUGGGUCCCUCAUCAACGGUCUGCAGAGCAUGACCCAGUGGCAGGACUACUUCAACCACCCAAGCCCCUCCAUCAUGGGCCUGUUGACGGCUUCGAUGGCCAUGGGCUCGAUGCUCGCCAUACCUAUCGUCCCGUACUGUGCAGAUCUCCUCGGCAGACGCAUGGGAGUGGUGAUCGGCUGCGCAAUCAUGCUCGUGGGCAUUGCUCUGCUGUCCAUGGGUUUCCACAUCGCCAUGUUCAUCAUUGGUCGCCUUCUACUUGGAUUCGGAAUCGCCAUCGCUCAUGGGUCCGCACCCCUGCUGAUCGCCGAGCUCGUACACCCGCAGCACCGCGCCAUCUACUCGACAAUCUACAACACCCUCUGGUAUCUCGGCUCCCUUAUCGGUGCCUGGGUAUCGUUCGGUACAAACAAUAUCGUUGGGAACUGGGCUUGGCGCGUGCCCUGCCUUCUGCAGGCCAUCCCGUCACUGUUUCAGAUCUUCUUCAUCUGGUUCGUCCCGGAAUCACCGCGGUGGCUGAUCGCCAAGGGGAAGCACGCCAAGGCCAAGGCUAUCCUGACCAAGUACCAUGCCUCGGGUGACGAGAACGACGAGCUGGUCGCCGUUGAGUACCACGAGAUCCAACAGACCAUCUCGCUCGAGCAGGAGUACGAGAAGACCGCGUGGAGUGAGCUCUGGUCGACGCCCGGCAACCGCCACCGUCUCCUUAUCCUCGUCAGCUUUGGCCUGUUCUCCCAGUGGUCUGGCAAUGCCCUGGUCUCGUACUACCUUUCCGGUGUCCUUGAGACGGUCGGCAUCACGGACGACAAGACCAAGCUGGAGAUCAACGGAUACCUCUCCAUCGUGCAGCUCGUCUCAGCCGUUGGCAUCUGCUUCUUUGUCGACAAGAUUGGUCGCCGUCCAUUGUUCCUCACAUCCUGCGUGGGCAUGCUGGUAUCCUUCAUCGUCGAGACUAUCGGAUCCGCCCAGUACGCCAAGACAGAGAGCACUGCAGCUGGCCAUGCAGUCAUUGUCUUCAUUUUCAUCUACUUCAUCUUCUACAACUUGGGAUUCUGCGGUCUCCUCGUUUCGUACUCAACGGAGAUUCUGCCCUACAGGAUUCGCGCCAAGGGUCUCACUGUCAUGUUCCUGUUCGUCGAUAUCGCCCUCUGGUUCAACCAAUAUGUCAACCCCAUCGCCCUGGAGGCCAUCACUUGGAAGUACUACCUCGUCUACGUCUGCUGGAUCGCCUUCGAGACCUUUGUCGUCUGGAAGUGGUUCAUCGAGACCAAGAACACGCCUCUCGAGGAGAUCGCCAAGUACUUCGACGGGGACUCCGCCAUCGUUGGCGGCGACGCUGCUACGGUCAAGGCGCGUCAUCUGGCCGGAGACGAGGACGAGGUCAGCGAGACCAAGGGCGAGCACCCCGUUGUGUCUUCCACAACUCGUGUCUAG